UUUCACUCAUCAGCUGGCUUCCAAAGGAAAAACUAUUGCUGGAGAGCGGAAAUGCCCUACUGCUUCACCUGGAAACAUGAAGAGGAAAAUCACUGACUAUGAGCUCACUCAACUCCAGGAAAAACUGAGAGAGACAGAAGAAGCUAUGGAAAAAUUAAUCAACAGAGUAGGACCUAACUGCGACAGGAUGCAAAAUGUUACCACAGACCAGGAAAAAAGGUUACUUCAGCAACUCCGAGAAAUUACUAGAGUUAUGAAAGAAGGAAAAUUCAUAGAUGGCAUCUCUCCUGAGAAGGAAGCUGAAGAAGCUCCUUACAUGGAGGACUGGGAAGGUUAUCCAGAAGAGACCUACCCUGUCUAUGAUAAUUCUGAUUGCUUCAAGCGCAAACGGGACACAAUCCUUGUAGAUUACCCUGACCUGAGCCAGCCCUCUGCAGAAGAGCUUGCAGAAAGAGUGGAGGGCAUGGAAGAUGAGGAGCAUCUGUGCAAUGAAAGCUUGCUAACUGAUGUCACCGUGGGAAGGGGCAGUCAUGAUUUAAUACAGAAAAAGGACGCAGUAACUGGCAUCAGCGAAGAGGAGAGGGACCUUCAUCACAGCCAAAGCAUUGAGGGGUGCUGCUGUUGUUACGAGGAUGAUGAUCCUGCUGUUGUAGCGGAGAAUGCUGGAUUCCACUGUGAGAGCUGCAGUGAAGCAGAAGAGUCAACCCAAGAGGACCUGUCUGUGGAGUCAGAAAAUGAAAAUACAGCACUGAAAAAGCAAAAAGCCAGUGAUUCAGAUGAAACAGGCACACUGAGAAAGCGCAACACAAAAGGACUUCAGUAAUAGGGACAAUAGUGGAUGUUAUCUAGAUGGUGAACGUAGAGGUCAUAAACUGUCAUUUGUGUGUUUCUUGUUCCCUAUGAAGACUUCUCUGUGUUCAUCUCCCUGUACCAAUUUCAUUCCCAUGGUAACAAUCAGUCACAUCAUCUACCUGAACUGGAAGCCAAUGCCCU